AACUAAGGGUUGCUAUUAAUACAACUGAGCAAAGAGCUGUACUGUAGCUGGUGAAAGCUAAAAUCAUCUCAGUUGAAGAGGAAAGGAGCUUAAGUACACUUGAGAAACCAAAAGGACAUAUUUGGGAUGCUCCUUGUGGGCUGAUUUUGUCCACAUUUGAGGCUUCACGACCAUGGAAGAACCCGUCUCACAUAUUCAAUCAGCAAAUUCUGAAUCCCUCCCAGCACACGAGCUGUUAAUUCUGCACACGGCUGAUGCACAGGAAUGGGCGACUUAUUUGCAGCAUCUCAUGAAAUCCUCCCAGAAAUUCUGCGAAAGGUCAAUUUUGCUGUAUGCGGUCAGCCCGGAUGAUCGGCUCCACGGAUAUGACUUUGAGGGUUUCCAAAGCUGCAGGUGCAUCGUGCUGCUCUUCACGGCGGUGUUGUGGGACAUGCUCUGUGACCCUGAACUGCAGGGAGCGCUUCAGAGACUCCUCUAUCCUCCACACAGAGUGGUGGUGCUGCUGUGCGGCAUGUCAGAGGACAACAUACUGACGGAGAGCUUCGAGGACUGGCCGAGCUGGAGAAAGCUCUCUAUCGAGGAUGAGCCUGAACUCUACAUUUCUACCAUUUUGGAGUCCAUCACUGAUAGCAGGCGAGUGGAGGCUGAACAGGAGAGCGAAGCUGCUGCGGCUGCGGCAGAGUUGCACAACGCAGCAGCCUCUUCAACUGAAAAUCCCACGGCUGAUGAAAAAGAGGAAGUGGUGUCAGGAGUGCAAAAAGAAACUGUCCUGAAGGACGAAGAACCGGUGAGCACAGGGAAUUCAACAAGUGAGGAAAUGAGGGCGCCCACGCACCCCACCUGUCUCACCGUUCAACCAAAGAGAGUUCUGUGCGGGGAAUUGGAGACGCUUUAUAUCAUUUUCACUCAUAAAUUAGAUGAACAGACGGUACCAGAGGUGGAGUUUUCAUCUGACGCUAUAGGUGCAAAAAGGGUCCCAGGCACUGUGGAGAAUGAAUACACUAUAAGUGUUACUGCACCUGAUAUGCCUGCAGGAGAGGUAUCACUCACCAUGUACACUGACCAAUCCUGUGUCAGCUUGAGCCCUGUUACAUAUUAUACCAAUAUGGGAGAAGUCAGUCAGCAUCUUGAAAAUGCUACUGAUCCUGUUAACUUCAUCUGCCAGGCCUUCAACUUGACGGCCAAUGCGACAGAGUCGCUCGACAACAUGCUAACUGACUCCUUAAAAUCCAGGAUGCCUGCAACUGGUCUUCAGCUGUUUGGAGUCAGGCAGAUUGAAGAAGACAAUAUGGCGGCCUGUCAGCGUAAUGAGGAGCUUCCCACGCUGCUCCACUUUGCUGCUAAGUAUGGCUUGAAGAAGCUCACCACCAUUCUCCUUCAGUGCCCUGGCGCUCUGCAGGCUUACAGCGUGAUGAACAAGUAUGGAGACUACCCAAACACGCUGGCAGAGAAGAGUGGCUUCUCCGAUCUCAGACAAUUCAUGGAUGAAUUUGUUGAGACAGCAGACAUGCUCAAGUCUCACUUUGAAGACUCCAUCAAAACAGAGGGGAGUGCAGAUGUGUAUGAGCUGAUGUCAACUACCUCUCAAGAUAUCAUGAUGAAGUACUGCUCAGAGGACAUCUAUGAGUCAAUGCUGGGGAUUGACCCUGAAUGUGCAGAGGACCUAUAUGAGGUGAUGAGUGCGGUAGACGAGAACCCUGAGGAAGUUAUGCUUAGGAAGUUCUUCCAAGCAAAGCCUCAUGCCAGUGUAAACCAGGACAACAACGACUACCUGAAGAGUGAGGAAGCAGAAAAAGAUGAUCAUAAUGAUUUAGAUCAAACUGAAGAAGAGGAGGAUCCAUACAAGCUCAUCCCAGAGGAUAUCUAUGAUACUGUGGAUGCAAACAGUACCUAUAACCCUGUAAUCCUGAACCGUCCACCAGCCCCCAUCCCCAGACCUGAGCUUGAGUCUGAGCCUGAGAAACAUACAACAUACAUCUCUAGAGUAUUUUCAGAUAAAGGCACGUCCGAUGGAAGUGCAGCGCUGGAAAUGGGAUAUUCUGCAGCUCAGCCUGCGGCGCUCCACCCCUCUCCUGUUUAUGACCCCUACGCUGGGAUGAAGACACCUGGACAGAGACAGCUCAUAUCUCUGCAGGAGAGGGUGAAAGUAGGGGAAAUUACUGUGGAUGAGGCCGUACAAGAGUUCAAGGCCUGGCAGUUUGACCAUGAGCGGAGGUCCAGCUCCAUACGCUAUCAGCAGGAAAAUCUGAAGCAAUUACGAGACAGCAUCACCAGGCGUCACAAAGAGAGACAGAAGACCGGAAAGGAGCUUGAUUAUGAGAUAAGUGCUCCGCUGCAGAGGAACUUAUACUGGGGCUCCAGUGUGACAUUAGAGUGUUCUGUGUAUGAGCCGACACCCAGAGAAGUGGCUCCUCCUCCCCGUCCAGCGGCUCAGAUGAUCCAGAGAGGCAGCUGGAAGACAGGUAGCACGUCCAGCACAUCCAGUACUGAGAGCAACAGACUGAGCACUCACAGCACCUUUAGCUUCAGCAGCGGGACAGAGCCUGACUUUGAGGACACGAUAGAAAAUCUCCCUCCUCCACCUCGACCUCCACGGCCAAGUGAAGCUACGGCCCUCAUUGCUCCACCAAGAAUUCCUCCACGGGUCCCAGAAAGGGUGCCAGAGAAGAUGCUGCAUGAGCGCUACAUAUCCUGCCCGACUCGAGCCCUUCCUCAAAGGCCCACUCAGAGGAACACAAACUCGGCACCUCCCGUACCUCGCCGCCUGCGGUGAUCCACAUGUGUGCUUGAUCCCUGAAGUUAUGGGUUAUCUUUAUUUAAGAGGGACGGAGGAGUUGGAAGGACAGCUCAUGCAGGCAACCAUCAGGAUUUAACAAUAUGAAUGAGAGAGCUUUUUAUUGGGUUUGUAGUUCAAUUCAAUUAAUUCAAUUCCAGGUAAUAUUUCAUUGUGUUUGUGUGUGGGUGAGUAAGUCUGUGAUAUUCAGUGUUCGUUAUGUUUUUAACAAAGCAUAUGAAAGGUUUAGAGUAUUUUUGUUAUCUUUGUUGUUUUUUUACAUGUGUAAUGUGUUUAAAUAGGGGAAAUAUUAAUCUUUAUAAUGAUAUUUAAACAAGGCUGUCCUCGGGUCUCCUGUAAAGUUAACUGACCCAGUGAAGUUUAGUUCAACAGAGAAGUGCAUGAUUUACUAUGCUACUGCUUAACUGUGAGUUGCUGUGACAUUAUAUUCUACUUAUUUUACCUCAAAUAAUGUCAGCAUUAUAUUGUUGAAGGUCUUAAGAGUUUGCUUGUGAUAUUUCUGUAAACGUUAAACCUUUAGGUUGUGCCUUCAGGAAGUCACAUUUGUUGUACAUCAGACUUGUAACUUGUGAAUUUCAUAAUGAAAUAUAGAAAUAUGUUCCUUUAAUGUA